CAUUUCAUCAAUAUAUUGGUUAGAGUUGUCCUAGGUGUUAAUCAUGGAUAUGGCAUUGCUAAGUACAAUAGCCGUGCUGCUUGUUUCUGCUUUUUCAUCAGGUGCUAAAGCCGCCAAUAAGUACGACUACUUCCAGUUUGUCCAGCAAUGGCCGGCUACAUUCUGCUAUCAAAAUCCGGGUUGUGUCCGGAAUCCCCCGCGGAAUACUUUUACCAUUCAUGGCCUUUGGCCAAGUAAUUACACGACACCUGAAAACCCAUGCGUUGGCACACCUUUUAGUCUAGCUGAGAUGUUUGCUGCCCCAAACCAUGGUUUGAAAGACUAUUUUCUGCCGCAAGCAUGGCCCCAGUUAAUUACUCGUUUCACCAACAUGCAAUUCUGGCAGACCGAAUAUAACAAGCACGGUACCUGCUCGGAGAACAAACUCAAGCAGACGGAGUAUUUUAGGACAGCUCACUGGGCGUGGGUUCGAUUCAAUGCAUAUUUUCUGUUUGCACACUCGCCUCUGCAAAUCCACCCUGGUAAUUACUAUCAUAAAGCUGACCUUGAACAAGCCAUUCGGGCAGUCACUACUAAGGACCCUCUGCUUAUGUGCAAGAAGAUCAAACCCAUGGGCAUUGAUACGUGGCUAUUGCAGGAAGUCAUCAUCUGUCUUGAUGUUUUGGGAGUCCAACCGGUCCCUUGUCGCCCUCGAUUGUCAAGUUGCGGCGGUCCAAUUAUAUAUUAUGGUUACUAA